AGACAGAGUCCAGCAUCUUCAACUGCCCCCCAAGGCACUCAUCAGCUAUGGGGGUGCGCCUGCAAAAGCCCAGGGUUAGGGGCUACUAUUCAGGCCCAACUUUCCUUGAACCCUGAGGCUGGCUGGAAGGCAUCUCCUGCUUUUAGCCCAGAGGCAGGCUGCAGUGGGCCCUGGUGGAACACUGGUUCCCAGUCCCAGCCCCUCAUCCAGCCCCUCUCUGAGGAGGAGGCAGGCAGCAGGGCUCUGCAGCCAGAGCUUUGCAGCUUGGAGCUCUGGAGCCAGAUGUAACAUUGACCUUAAAUGGUAAAAGCUCCCCAGAGUGAAGAGAGGCUGGCCGGGGAGGAAAGAGGAAUAACUCAGUUUUAGGUAAGUCAUCGCUAUUGCCUAGAAUAACCUGCCUCUUCAGCCCGAGGGAAGCAGAGAGGCGCCUCUCCUCCUUAAAGCCUGCGGAGCCCAAGCCUCUUGGAGCAUCUUUGGGGUUGUCACAGCAGAGGUUCCAGGCACGCACAGCCACUCCAACCAGGCGGCUGCCAUGCCCCACAUUCCUGAGGAUGAGGAGCCCCCCGGAGAGCCACAGGCAGCCCAUACCCAAGACUCUCCCUCUGCAGGACCGUUUUGCAGCCCUCCCACAAUCAUCCUGACGGGGGAUGCCAGUUCACCUGGAGGAGAGACUGACACAAAUCUGGUCAAGAGGGCUCCCAGCCCCCACCGCAGGCUUUCCCACCGACACCUGAAGGUCUCCACUGCCUCGCUGACUUCUGUGGACCCCUCGGGGCACGUCAUUGACCUGGUAAAUGACCAGCUGCCGGACAUCAGCAUCUCAGAAGAGGACAAGAAGAAAAACCUGGCACUUCUAGAAGAAGCCAAGUUAGUGAGCGAGCGGUUCCUGACCCGCCGCGGGAGGAGAUCAAGGAGCAGCCUCGGUGACUCCCCAUCAGCCGUUUCUCCAAACCUCAGCUCUGGAGCUUCUCCUGCAUCCUCUAGGAGCUGCUCGUUCACCAUCUCCACACCACCAGGUUUUGACACAUGCAGUGGCCCACAGUCCCCUCUGCCAGGAUCGCCAGCACAGCAAAAGGGACAUGAGGAUGAUGUCUUCUCGUCUCACCUCGGAGAGCCUAAUGCCUCCAAAGGGCUAGCUGACCGGAAGCAGAAUGACCAGAGGAAAGUGUCUCAAGGCAGACUGGCUCCUCGCUCUCCCACAGUGGAGAAAUCCAAAGAACUUUCAGUAGAACAAAAGGAAAACUUCGAUCCCCUUCAGCAUCUGGAGGCCACACCCAUGGCUCAGGCCUCUGGAGCAAGCGUCAGUGGGAAAAUGGCGCUGAACAGUCCCCAGCCUGGCCCUGCGGAGAUGGAGCUGGGGAGGCAGCUUCUGAAGACAGCCAGGGAAGACAACCCUCUGCCCAGAACCACAGUCCAGGGCUCAGGAGGAACGGCCUCCCCACAUUCUCAGGGACAGGGCUCUGCUGGAGAGCUUAUGGGGCCCAAGGCUGGCUCUAAGGCUGAGCCGAGGUCUCCUGUGUCCCGGCCCCCUCUGAUUCGGGGGGUCUCGUGGGACAGCAGCCCUGAAGAACCUGGUCCCCUGCUGCAAAAGGUGCUCGCUAAGCUGCCUCUGGCAGAGGAAGAAAAGCGGUUUCCAGGCAAAGCCAAGCCAGCCAAGCCACCGGGGCUCAAAGACUUCCAGAUACAAGUACAGCCGGUGCGCAUGCAGAAGCUGACCAAGCUCCGGGAGGAACACAUCCUGAUGAGAAACCAGAACCUGGUGGGGUUCAAGCUCCCUGAACUGAGUGAAGCUGCAGAACCAGACAAAGGAGUCUCAUCUGAGCUCGCCCCAGCAGCUGAGGAAGAAGAGUCAAAGAGUGGUCUGGAUGUGAUGCCCAACAUUUCUGACAUAUUGCUACGUAAACUUAGGGUUCACAAGUCACUCACUGGAAGCGCCCCUCCGCUCACAGAAAAGGAAGUCGAGAACGUGUUUGUACAACUGUCCUUGGCCUUUAGAAAUGACAGCUACACCCUGGAGUCUAGGAUUAACCAGGCUGAAAGGGAACGCAACUUGACGGAAGAGAACACCGAGAAGGAACUGGAAAACUUCAAAGCCUCUAUUACGUCCUCAGCAUCCAUCUGGUACCACUGCGAGCACCGGGAGACCUACCAGAAGCUUCUGGAAGACAUCACAGUCUUGCAUCGUCUGGCUGCACGCCUCUCCAGCCGGGCUGAAGUGGUGGGUGCUGUGCGCCAGGAAAAGCGCAUGUCAAAGGCCACGGAAGUGAUGAUGCAGUAUGUGGAGAAUCUGAAGAGAACGUACGAGAAGGACCAUGCUGAGCUCAUGGAAUUUAAGAAACUCGCAAAUCAGAAUUCUAGUCGCAGCUGUGGGCCCUCUGAAGACGGGGUUCCUCGAACGGCUCGAUCUAUGUCCCUCACGAUGGGAAAGAACAUGCCCCGUCGGAGGGUCAGCGUUGCUGUGGUUCCCAAGUUUAAUGCCCUGAACCUGCCUGGCCAAGCCCCCAGCUCAUCACCCAUGCCCUCUCUCCCAGCUCUGUCUGAAUCGACCAACGGGAGAAGCAGCAUCUCCACCUCCCCAGUGCUGCCUGCACUUUUGGAAAAUGGAAAGACAAAUGCAGAGGCUAACUGUGAAGUGGGCGCCCCUGUGCCACUCCCAAGCUACCCUGAGGAGACGAGCCAAGAGGCCAAGGCCAGAGCAGAGGAAGAAGCCUACAACAAAGGAUACCAGGAAGGGGUAAAGAAGACCGAAGAACUUCAAGACCUGAAGGAGGAGGAGGAAGAAGAACAGAAGACAGAGAGUCCCCAGGAACCAGAAGAGGUCGAAGAAACCCAGGAAGACGAGAAGGACCAGAGAAGCAGCAAACUUGAAGAACUGGUCCACUUCCUACAAGUCAUGUAUCCCAAAUUGUGUCAACACUGGCAAGUGAUCUGGAUGAUGGCCGCCGUGAUGCUGGUCUUGAGUGUUGUGCUUGGGCUCUACAGUUCCUAUAACUCCUGCACGGAGCAGGCCGACGGGCCCCCUGGGAGAUCCACCUGCUCUGCAGCCCAGCGGGACUCCUGGUGGAGCUCAGGACUCCAGCAAGAGCUGCCAGCAGAGCAGUAGGACAUCGGACUCCCUAGCCAUGCCCUGCUCUAGUGCAUUUACCCCAACACCCUGCCCCUAGGUACAGUGUGUCAGGCCCGGUUUGCACAUGUGGCCGCCCAGCCCAUUGGGGAACAAGGAGGCUCUCCUGUCAUUCUUGGAAGCACUCACAAUAACCCGACGCUUUGAAGGGAUCAACAAAACUGCUCUGGGAAAAGUGUCUGGUUGACAAAGAAGUGACCUUCGUUAAGGACUCUAGCCCAAGGGAAGAGUCCUGCCCCUGGCUCAGAUGGAUUGAGAGAACGAAAACCCCUUCACUAGGGGAAAAUGAGAAGCUUGCUUUCCCCUCUUUCCUCCCUGUGUUUCGUGGUCAGUAAGAAUUGUACUUAGCGGUCAGUACUGACCAUAAGGCUCAGACUUGGAGUCACAACACAGAUAUUGUCCCACUUCCCACUUCGUGUAUCACAACAAACCUUUCACCUUCUCUUUCCCUUUCAGAGUCACCAUUUCUUCUCAGAGAGUGGGAAAGCUCGCCCAUAAAAAUGCACAGGCUAAAAGUAGCCCCAUCCUAGACAGGAGACAGGAAGAUGUGGAUUAAUAUAGAAUGAGUCUGUAUAGAUAUGGACCAUACACACAUUUUUGUGCACAAGGACACCCACUCUCUGAAAGUGUGCUCUGCUCAGUGGCACCCAUGUCAUGCCAACCAAUCGGUUCUCACUAGGUGUGGAGCAGUAGUCACCAGGCAUCAGCACAGUGAGCCCUCCACACACUCCGGAGAUGCUUGACUCCCCUGAGGAAUCGUGUCUUCAGAUGCCGGGUUGGAGCUGCUGUUUGGCACAGUCUGUUCCCUGGUUGCUUGCUUCAUUUGAAAGUGAUCCUACACAGUUAACCCCCACCUCUUGGGUAAGAAAAGGUGUGCCCUCCACGUCAGACUCUCACUCUGCCUUGCACUUCGGGACUACAGUUUUCAUGGUACUUCCAACCCCAAUGUGUCCUUCCAAGGACCCGUUCAGCGUCAAACUGAAGGCAGUGUGUCCACCCCCAGCAUGGUGGCUCUCCACCCUGCUCGCUGGUUCCCUUCAUUCAGCUCUCUUCAGCUGGAGAUGGGGCUUCUCCAUCCAUGGUUGCUUUUCUGUUUCAUUGUUUUUGAUGCUAUGACUCAUGUAGAACGUAUUGUGAGCUCAAAACCAUCUGUGUUAUGUAGGCAGUAAUUCCUUAGUCCUCAAGAAAAACAAAAUCUGAAAUGGAUAUCACUCUCUCCAUGGUCAGAUAAGGAAACAGAAGCAUAAACGAUAUAAGAGUAAACACACACACACACACACACACACACACACGAGUGCAUGCACAUGCAUAUGCAUAUGCACACACAUACAAUAAUUCAACUUAAGUCAUUCAAACUACGGUGGUCUGGCUCCAGGGACUGUACUUCUGAUCCUUCACCUAUGGGUGCCCUCGCCAGCUGGGUGCCUUCCAGUCUGAUCCUGUUCCCCUCAGCAGGCUCUGCAGCUGCUCCAAUCCAGCUAUGGUUCCCAAAUGACAUUGCCCCUCCUCUCACUCAGACCCAUCUUUGCUGCUGUCGUUCUAACCCUUCUCACCACUCCUGAGGACCAAGUGUAAGCACUCCCCUCCAUACAGGCCCCUGUGACCUCUUCCCACACUCUCGCAUGCCCAACAUAAUGGGCAACACCCUGUUAGAGCUUCUGGCACUUGUUAAAUUUUAAUCAUCGAACCAUAUUUACUGUCUAACUUAUUUAUACAUCUGUCUCCCUGGAUGUUUUCCCUCAAGAACUAUGCCUUACCAUCCCUUGUCUACGUACCUAGCAUGGCAAACCCUUGGGAGAGAGUCAUUUAAUGUUGGUUAAAAGAACAAGUGAGCGUUCAAAGUGGAGAGCAGCCUAGAACACAUGACAUUUUGAGGUGGCCCAGUAGUGUCACCUUCAUGACGAUUUCUAUUCCCGUGAGAAAGCUGUCAUAACUGAUUCAUGGUCUCAUCUUACUUUUGUCUUUCUCGGAGAGAGCAAGAAUGAAAUCAGACUAUAGCGAUACCAUUUUCAAGUCCAAGAACCUGAUUCCAUGCACUCACUCCCUUCAGAGAGACACCCCCUCCCACCCCCAACUAGGCCUUAUUUUAAAAUACUGUUUUUGAAGAGUUAUCUUUACAGUGGCUAGAAAAUGGCAGAGAGAAGCCCAAGGAUGUGCCAUUAAAGGUAAUGAGGUUCAGAGUGAGGCAGAGGGAUUUCGCAGGUAGGGGUAGGGCUUACCUGGAGGCUUCUGUGGGAUUAGAUACAGCUGAAGGAGAUUUAACUGCAUAAGCACCUCUGAGACGAAGCCAGGGUGUACAGGGAAUGGAGAGAGAACAGCUGUUGGGCAGGACUCUGUGUGUGUGGGUGGGGGGGAGUGUCUAGUUUCAGUCUACCCCCACAGCAAAAGAAGAUCCAGCCUGAGUAAGCCCAUUGUCCACUUGGCUGCAAAUCUCCCACCCCUGUUCUGGGAGAGACAGAGUUGAGGAGAACAUGAGUGAACUGUUUCAGCGUUGCCACUGGCCUCCGAAGCCAGCAGGAGUCCUCAGGCACAGACCAGCAACCACGCUGCUUCAGCUGUAAGGACAGUUAAGGAAAAGGACCUCUCCAGAGAGCAUAGCCUUGUUUGGAAUGGCAUGGCUGAAAACACACUUGUUGGUCUGCCCUUUCAGGAAAGCGAGGAACAACUUAGAGCAGCCACAGCUGCUGCCACACACGGCCAGUGACAUGGAAGCCAGUCUUGUUUCCAGACGUAACUGUGAAAUGGAAUAAAAGUUCCCACUCAAGAUGCCCCUGAAAGCUGACCUUUCUGCUUAAGCCUGAGAGUCUGGUUGCCAGCCUUUUAGUGCCAAGGAUGUGUUUGCAUCAUCACUGACGUCACUUCCUAAAGGGACCUUCACGUUCUAGCCAUGAAGUCAUAUGGGCUGUUUCCUUUGUGCAGCCUGGAAGAGGGUAUGGCAAAGGAGACACUGGACUUACAGGUCACCGGCUGUCUGUCCCUAAUGCUGUUAAACCUCACACAGGUAGGUGUGGCCGUGUUGAGCUCUAGAGUGUCACAUAGCUGAGUUUGAAAAUAAAUGCACAUUUCCAAACCGUU